GAGAGCGGCGGGUGGAGGAGAGUCUCGGGGUGGAGGAGAGUCUCGGGGUGGAGGAGAGCGGCGGGUGGAGGAGAGUCUCGGGGUGGAGGAGAGCGGCGGGUGGAGGAGGUCCACACGGUGAAGACGGAGCGGAGGAAGGAGGACUGAAGGCAGAAAGUUGCAAACAGGACUGGAGGAGGCGGGAGCUCCACUGCGCACCCUGACUGCGCAGACCCGGAAAAACAAGAGGGACACGUGGUGCCGCACGCAGCUGGAGGAGUACAGAUUUCACAUUUUAGGACGGUUUGAAGGAUUUAUUCGGUCUUGCCUCGCGCAUGCGCACAGGUCACACCUGAUGGAGUGAUGCCGGGUGGAGCUGGUGGAGCUGGUGGAGCUGAUGGAGCUGGUGGAGCUGAUGGAGUGAUGCCGGGUGGAGCGGGUGGAGCGGGCCUGGCUCGGGGUCGUCCAGCUGGUCGAACUGCGAGGAAGAGGAGGAGGAGGAAGAGGAGUGAUGGAGUCUCUCUGACAACUCCUCUGGACCACCUUCCUGGGUUCAUCAGGCUCCAGAAGUUUCUCCACCACCGAGGCUUCGACUCUCCGCUGCUGCAGCCGGCCCACUUCCCCGAAACAGGAAGAGGACUGCAGACCCUCCAGACCAUCCAGCCCGAUCAGCUGAUCAUCUCUCUGCCAGAGUCCUGUCUCCUCACCUCGUCCACGGUGCUGGACAGCGAGCUGGGACCCUACAUCAAGAGGUGGGAACCUCGUCUUUCGCCACUGGUGGCGCUCUGCGUCUUCUUGGUGUGUGAGCGCUGCAAAGGCGAAGCCUCUGAUUGGUUCCCGUACAUCGACGUGCUGCCCAGCAGCUACACCUGCCCCGCCUACUUCUCCGAUGACGUCAUGGCCGCCCUGCCCAGCGGCCUGAGGGGGCGGGCCUUAGAGCAGCGGGCGGAGCUACGGGAGCUGCACUCGUCCAAUCAGGACUUCUUCAGGUCGUUGACGCCGCUCCUGAGACGUCCGGCGGAGGACGUGUUGACGCCGGAGGCUCUGAGGUGGGCCUGGUGUAGCGUCAACACCCGGUCCGUCUUCAUGAAGCGUCCGCCCAGCAGCUUCCUGUCCGGACCAGACCCCUAUGCUCUGGCUCCCUUCCUGGACCUGCUGAACCAUCAGCCCAGCGUGCAGGUCCGGGCGGGCUUUAACCAGGACAGCCGGUGUUAUGAAGUCCGCAGCGUCUCGCGGACGCGGCGUUUCCAGCAGGUCUUCAUAAACUACGGCGCUCAUGACAGCCAGCGCCUCCUGCUGGACUACGGCUUCCUGGCCCCAGAAAACCCUCACAGCGUGGUCUACGUGGAAGCAGAUGUCCUCUGGGACGUCUUAGGAGGAGAUGGGAGUUUGACUCAGAAGAUGAGGUUCCUGGAGGAGAACGGGUUCCUGCAGAACCUGAGCGUGUCCCGAGACGGUCCGGGGUGGAGGCUGCUGACGGCGCUGAGACUGGCGUCCCUGCCGCAGACGCUGUAUCACCAGUGGAAGCCAGUGCUGCUCGGCCAGCCAGUGUGUGAAGAGAGAGAGGAGUGGAGCCUCCGGACAGCAAAGACAGUCUGUCAGCGCCUCCUGCAGGACACACACUCCGCUCUGCACCAGAUGCCCCGCCCCCUGCCGUGCGGCGAGCCGGCGCUGCGGCAGCAGCUGCAGCUGGUGGCGGCGCUGCGUGAGGAGGAGAGGUGCAUUGUGGGAAGCUGCCUGGAGGCCCUGGAGCAGGCGUGUCGUCGCUGACCGGCUGCGUCAGUGGGACGCUCCGCCGCGGCGCCGCGGUUCGAUUCCCGGCGGUCACGACGGCGUCUGACUUGGAGGGUGACGAGGUUCAGCGGAGACCGGGUGCCUGUUCUCCCGGUCCUGACAGGAAGGAGAAGGAACGCCGUGGCCGGCUUUAGCUCCGCCCCCUCCUCGCCCCGGGGAGCGGGCCGCCGCUGGCAGGAGCCGCCGUGUCCACCGGGGACGCCGGACCAGACGGGGGGACGGGUGGGCCGCUCGUCUUCACUGAGGAGGACAGCAGGAACUGGACUGAGCUGGACUGGACUGGACUGAGCUGGACUGGGCUGGACUGGACUGGACUGGGCUGGACUGAGCUGGACUGAGCUGGA